UUUUUAUUUUACUUCACUGUAUUUAGCAAAUGUCAGCUGUUUUCAACAUCGCCUCGGCAGCAUUGCUGUGUUCAUGUAACCAAAAAAUAUAAAUUGAAACUCAAUCAGCUACAAAACACUACAUGCUGAUAUAAUAAAUACAAAAAGGUUUUCGAAAUGCGUGUGCCGACCGCUGUUUUCGCUUAUAAAAAUCGUGACGCUCGUGCGCCGCAGAAAGAACACACAGUACCAUUUCAGGAAAUUCUGCCUUUGCGGUUAAAAAAUAGAGUGAGCGGCAAGGCAGAUUCUUCAUCUGAUGUAGCAUGUUUACAGGAGAUGGGUGUCCUCUUCGCGUGCCUCAAAGAUAAUGAGUUCGUGGAGAAGUACUGCAAUAAGGAAAUCCAACAAUUCCAAAAAUGCUAUAAAUUCUAUGCGGAUUCCAAGUUCGAAGCAAAGAAAACCGUAAACCAGGGAAUAAUAACACCUGGCAAAAACCUGAAUUACAAACAACUCAACAAGUAUAUGAGACGGUUCCCCAACCCUCAAUAACCAUAGUUCUGUAAUAUGUAAUAAAUAAUGAAGUGAUUUAAUACAACUUAUGCUGCAAGUAAUAAUCAAGUUUAAAAUGA